GAGACGACACUGACACAACACAUACAGUCGGAUACGAAUAAGAACAAAAAUAUAAACAAAAAAAUACAUGAAAAUAACGCAUAUAAUUAAUAACAUAAUUAAGUAAUAUAAACAAAGUGUUAACAAGAAGAAGAAUUGCAUUGAUUGAUUACUUAGCUGUACGAAAUAGUUGUGUUUUGUGUGGAAUUUAAAUAAAAGAAUAAUUGCUGCAUUGUCUGUCUCCGCUACUCUCACCGCUGCCGUCGCCGCAACCAACCAACUCCAAGAUUAAGUUUGCUGAUUGGAAAAUUGUGUACCAAAAGAAUUACAAGGAAAGAAUGUGAAAAUGUGAAGUGAAUCUCAAUUAAGUGUUGUGAUGAUGAAGGAAUAUUUUCCAUGGGAAUAAUAAAUUAAUCUCAGUGUUUGGCUUGAAUAAAAAAAGCAAGUUAUACAAAAAGUUGAAAUUUUUCAAGAGAAAUUUAAUACCGAGCAUUUAAUUUUUGUACAAAGAAAGAAAGUCUGUGUGUGCGUGCGUCCGAGAGAGGAAGAGUUCUAAACGUCGUCAGGUGUUGUGUAUUCUUGAAUGACGGACGACAACGAACGGUGAUUGAGAGGAUGUCAAAUUACCAGGAAGCAACGACUGAGAUUUUAAAGAAGUGUAUAUUAAAAUUAAUAGUUAAUGCUUGUUCUUAAGCAUAAUUAAAAGGAAGCAAGAGAGAAAGAGAAGUGGGAGUGAGAAAGGAAGUGUUUCUAGUAAGAAAUCAGUGUCAAAUAUCAUAUUUAAACAUAAGUAGUGGAUUACUGUUCCUGGUGGUCAUCACCAACAAAAGAGUACUCGCCCGUGGCAGCAGAAACCUCCUAUACACAUUCACACACACUCUCAACACCACUCAUUCAGUCACUCACCCAUAACAGAAAAAGUUAUCGGUUGUGUUCUUUAGUAAUCAUCCUCGCGUAGUUGUUGUUGUCGUCGUCGUCGUCGCCGCCGACGUUGUUGUCGUCACCGUUCGCCGUGUCCCCUGUGCGCUUGGUCCCCAACACAACAACUUAGCACAACAAUUGGUGGCGCAGCAGAAAAUAUUUGCAGAAUAGCUUCCGGUUGGUAGUGGAAGCGAACGUUGUCGUCUACAUACGCUAGCACACACACAAACACACACACUUGAAACAGUCACCAAGUACUCGCAGCAGAACAAUUGCCACCAUACCAGCAGCAACAACGAAAAUAACAUCGUUCAUAAUCAUCAUAUUGUUGUUGCUGUGUUUUAGUUGAUUUGUUGCCGCAACAACAACUACACAACCAACAAUGGAUAGCCCCCAAAUUGAUGUCUAUGAAUUUCUAACAGAGGCCGAAUUGCAACAUUACUACAAUGCUGUCAAAGAUGAACUCAAGAUUACAAAUGCCUCACAAUUCAAAUAUGCUACCGACGAAGAUCUCAAAAGCAUCGGCAUGUCACGACCGGAAAUACGACGUUUACGUAAAUUCUAUGAAAAACACUUUCCACACGGCUACUUGAGCAAAAUCAAACGUUUGCUGCAGGCACCCACAGUGAUUGGCGGCAAGCGAGAUGAGAAUUCCGGUUGUACGGUGAACGCCACCAUGGCCAGUCCUUCGGGCAGCCUGAGUGGCGCAUCGACGGGCGGAGCAUCGUCGAAGGCAAGCAGCGGUUCACCGAAUAAGGCACCGAACAAUAAGCACAUCAUUCCCGCCGAUGCCAUCAGUGUGAACAAACAAUUGGGCACCGGAGAGUUUGGCAUUGUGCAGCAGGGUGUGUGGACGAAUGGAUCCGAGAGGAUUCAAGUGGCCAUCAAAUGCCUGUGCCGCGAACGCAUGCAAUCAAAUCCCAUGGAAUUUCUCAAAGAGGCGGCCAUCAUGCAUUCCAUUGAACAUGAAAAUAUUGUGCGUUUAUAUGGUGUGGUGUUGGCCACAGACUCCCUAAUGUUAGUCACCGAAUUGGCACAUUUAAGAUCAUUGCUGGAAUGCCUGAAAGAUCCCGGACUGAGAGUAAGUUUUCUCACCGUUCCAACAUUGUGUGAAUUUGGUUUGCAAAUAUGUAAUGGUAUGCGUUAUUUGGAGAACAAACGACUGAUACACAGAGACUUGGCUGCCCGCAACAUCUUGGUAUUCAGCAAAAAUAAAGUCAAGAUCUCCGACUUUGGUCUAUCUCGCGCCCUCGGUGUGGGCAAGGACUAUUACAAGACUAAUUUUAACGUUAAUCUAAAGCUGCCCAUUGCUUGGUGUGCCCCGGAAUGUAUUAAUUAUUUGCGUUUUACAAAUGCCUCCGAUGUCUGGGCCUUUGGGGUUUGUUUGUGGGAAAUGUUUUCCUAUGGCUUUCAACCCUGGGCAGCUUUGACGGGCCUUCAAAUCCUAGAGGCCAUUGAUGCACCAAAUUAUCAGCGUCUGGAACAACCUGAAUGUUGUCCCAGGGAAUAUUAUACCCUUAUGAUGAAAUGCUGGCAAGAUGAUCCCUCAAAACGUCCUAAAUUUUCGGAGAUAUACGAGCUGUUGCCCGAUAUGAAACCCGAGCAAUUAAAGGCCGUGGCCAAUUGUAUGGAGGCCAAAACCAAUGAGCAUUUAAUUUAUCGACAAAAUGAGAUUAUAACCGUGUUGGAUCGCAACACAGGCACACCCUAUUGGAAGGGUGUGCUGAAUUCGGGUAAAACGGGCUUUUUUAAUCCAUCCAAUACGGUGGCUUAUGUCGAAGGUCUUCCCACUUUGAAUAGAGAUACUUUUACACGAAAUGCCAAUGAACGUAGCAGUAAACGUAAAUUACGCACCGAAAUGAUUUCCAAGCCACAAAAUGAUUUUAAACAUACCGGCCAUGUUGGCAUUGACGGAGCUUCCUUUGGUGAUAUUGCCUUUUUGGGUACCACACAAAAUUAUAACCACGUGCCACGACAAAUUGUCACACCCUAUAAACCCUCGGAGGAUAUUGAACAAACGCCUUUGCUACUGCCACCCACACCAACUAGUCCUGACUCCUUGCAAACGGCAAGUGGCUAUUUUGCCGAUGAUUCGUCUCAUCACAACUCCACCAUGAAUCCCUCGUUUAUACCCUCCACCGAGAAUACACCCAAACAAUUUGCCAAUAAUGGACAAACUACAACAUUUGAAUUUCCCUCGAAUAACACGAAUCCAUUUACUCACAAAUCUAUGGAUGAAAGUACCACCUCCUCGGCUUCCACACUGGCUUUGCAAAACAACAACUAUGGAAUUGAGGCGGCAAAGGAGAAUUUAUUAUGGCGCCACUCGUCCAUUACAAAUGGUGCAGGUGGUGGCAGUGGUGUCCAAUUCGAGGAACCCCAUGAAUAUCAUGAAAUUUCCGAUGAUGAAAUUACCCCAGAUAAAUUGGAUUUUGGCCCCUCUCUGCUGGAUGAAAUCAAUUCAAUGUUUGGUUCAAUGAGUGCCACUGCGUCGUCGUCAAAAAACUCGGAAUCUGAAUCGCAUGGCAAUAAACGUAGUGAUUUUUCCGAUUUAACCUCAAAGUUGAUACGUAAAAACAGUGGGGGCCACAACACAAAGAAAUCGAAAAAUUCCAGUGGCACUGUGAAGCCCAUAUCGGUGAAGGAUGAGAAAAUUCUCAACCAGGCAAUUGAGAUAGCCAAUGAAAUUAGUGCCAGAUCCAUGUGCGAUUUGGUAUCGGACCAAACACCCUCAACCCAGAGUCCCAAGAGAAAAUUUAGUUUUCGUUUUCCCCAUUUGAGCGGAGGUCAUGGCAGCAGCGGCAGUGGUGACAAAAGUCAUGGUUCCAGUUUACAUAGUUCCGGCACCAGUGGUUCGACAACAAAUAUGAACUCUUUGUCACCACAUUCGAAAAAGAAAAACUUCACCGAAGAAUUGAAAAGCAUACCGGAUUUGCAGGCCAUAAUAGGCGAAGAUGGACGAGAAGCUUACAACAGCCUAAUCGAACGUAAACACAUAAUGGGAAUUGAACCUAACACCACUAGCAGUAGCACUUGUAUAUUACGAAAACCGGAUAGCGCGCAAUUCCCUCUGAAAUCGGCCAAGACAUUGCCAAGGCGUUCGUGUAACCUUAACAAAGAUGUCGACUUUGGUGUGGGCGGUUCAACACACCAUAUAGAACGGUCCAGUUCCCAUAAUGAACAUGAACUGGUAAUACCACCCAUACAAAAUGCUCCCAGACCAACAACAUUGCCAACAAGGGGAGCUCGUGGACGUAAAGCUGCAGAUUUGGGGUUGUUUAGAGAUCCAGCUGCUGAAACACCUAACAUGGAUACCAACACCCAUCAAGCGGUCAACAACAGACUUAGUGACAACAUAUCGCCCUGUGAAAGUCCCAGUUAUGUUACCAAUACAUCGUCAUACAAGUUUCCGGAACAAUCAUCGACUACAGAUAAAACUCCCGAUGGUACAGAUUUAAAUCCUCUGCCCGUUCCACCCAAGGAGGGUAAGAAACACAUACAAACCAAUGCCAAACGGCAUGUACGCAAAUAUCCCCUAAUUAUACCAGCCAAUGGUGUGCAACGUACCCUAAACAAAGUCAUGGGUGAGGAGCAAUCUGUUCUCAGGGGCCUUACAACAAGUAAUGGCAGCCAACUUUCUUCCAACAUGGCGCGGAAUAUGGCAACGGUACCCACAAUAAAACCCUUUAACAUUAACAACAACAAUUGCUCCUCCACCCUGGCUGAAUAUGAAAAUACCACAAAAUUGUCAUCAUCAUCAUCAUCAUCCUCGGCACAACAGGAGAGAACCUAUCAAAACAUCGGAACCGACGACACAGCCUCGCUACAAUUCGAAUCGAUACUGGAGGCAGACUUCAACAAAGAUCAGGUUCUACAAUCGCCUGAUGUCACAGAUGGCUUCUACAAUUUCUCCAUACAAAAGGAUCACUAUCACAAAAGCAAGGAAAUGGAAUUUGAUGCACAAAAAUUGGCCGAUGGCCUCUAUGUCAAUGAAGAUGAGCUACGGAAUUUGGAUAUUGACAAGAAUUUGGUGAAGAUCAGUAAACAAAAUAUGGAAAAUAAGAAAUCCAAUGAAAGUUUGGAGGUAAAACAGCUGACAACAACUCCAUCACCUCCGCCCCCAGUGCCCACAACGGCUCCACCAGAGGAGGCCACAUCUUUGGAAGUCCCUAAAUCACAUGAACUUACAGCAAAAGAUAACAACUCAUCCUCCACUUCCUUUUCUUCACACACUACAGAAAGAUCUAUGACACCAACAACACAAGUCACAAACACCGCAUCUUCGUUGUCGUCUCAACAUGCCACCACACAAAUGUCGGAAAGAAAUUUAAAGGCCCCCAAAACGAGUAUGUCUCCACCCUCUGCGAAAUCCGACAAUGAGCUUGCUGGCAAUGCUCUGUUCCAAAGGGUCCGUGAAUCCGUCGACAAGGCCAUGGUAAACAAACCCACGGAUGCGGCUUCCACUCUCAUCAAACCCCUAACUGAAGCUGAACUAUUUUCGGCAGCUGUAAAUCGUCUCAACGAUUCCAAUUCUGUGAGUUGUGAAGAUCUCCUGGAAUUCUCCGAUAAGAAGCCGAAAGGCCACGAACGUGGUGUGGAUUCCGAUGAAGUUCGCAUAAUGAUGAAAGUUUUGGGAAAAGAUAGCUCUCCCGAACGUUGUCUCAAAUCAUUGGAAUUCAUUGAAUGGGAUGUCCACAAGGCCAUUAAGAUCAUCAAACUGCAAAAUAUUUUAAAGGAUAUUCAAUUGACUAUGUCCGAAACUGUGGAAUAUUUAUUGAAAUAUGACUGGGAUUUGCACACCACAGCGAGACGUCUCAAAAGUUUAAAGACUUGAAAAUAUAAAUAAAUCACUGAGAACAUUUUUCUAUUAUCGUUACACACAGAGAUAUACCUAUCAUUAACACCUUAAAAAAAAACACAUUUUAUGUCAAUCAAUUAUUUAACUCGAAAAAAUGCAUGCAUUUCUUCCUUUCCCAUAUGUUUUGUAAGUCCUCCUUUUUAUUUGUAGCUGUUUUAACUGUUAAGAAUAUCUUGCGUGGACCCCUUAAAACCCCCAAAUUUUUGUACUUAUUAUUAAUUAUUGUUUGUUUUAAGAGUCUCCCCAUUUAUCAUUGAUAUUUAUAUUACUUUCCAAGAAGUAAAGCAUACUCUUUUUUUAAUUGUUUUUAGAAAACGUUCUAGCCUCACAAACUCACGCGCAUACAAUCUAAUAUAAUUGCAUAUUAAGUUAUUCUCUACAUAUUUUUAAUAAUAUUUAACGAAAAAACUAAAAAGUACGAAAACUGCGAACAAUUAAUACCACAAGUGCCUUUGUAACCAGAUGAUCUUAUAAAGAACAAAAAACAGAAAACACAACUAUUUUAUUAAUAAAUAAUUUUAUAAAAAAAGAA